CUGGGCAGUUCUUCUCUGUCCAUUCUGACACAGUGUCCUCCUGUCGGGGAGAACAGGACAUCUCUUUGAUUAGACCUGAAGUCCCCUACACCGUCAGCCCCUCCUCAGGAUGGAGGUAGGGCCCAGCUGCCAGCCCCAAUGUGGACUCUACCUGCUGCUGCUUCUGCUGGCUCUGCCACUCAGGAGCCAGGCCAGCACCAGCUGCUAUGGGAUCCCAGGGAUGCCAGGCCUGCCGGGGGCCCCUGGGAAGGAUGGACAUGAUGGAAUCCAAGGGCCCAAGGGUGAGCCAGGAAUCCCAGCCAUCCCUGGGACACGAGGACCCAAGGGUCAGAAGGGCGAGCCUGGCAUGCCUGGCCAUCGUGGAAAAAAUGGCCCCAUAGGGACCUUCGGGUUACCAGGGGAUCCAGGCCCCAGGGGACCUCCCGGGGAGCCAGGUGAGGAGGGCCGAUACAAACAGAAACAUCAAUCAGUGUUCACAGUCACCCGGCAGACUGCCCAGUACCCAGAGGCCAAUGGCCUGGUCAAGUUCAACUCUGUCGUCACCAACCCUCAGGGGGACUAUGACACCAGCACGGGCAAGUUCACCUGCAAAGUGCCCGGCCUGUACUACUUCGUCCACCACACAUCACAGACGGCCAACUUGUGCGUGCAGUUGCUCCUCAACAGGGUCAAGGUGACCAGCUUCUGCGACCACAUGUCCAACAGCAAGCAGGUCAGCUCAGGAGGAGUGCUCUUGCGGCUUCAGAAGGGCGAUGAGGUGUGGCUGGCCGUGAACGAUUACAAUGGCAUGGUGGGCACUGAGGGCUCUGACAGCGUCUUCUCAGGCUUCCUGCUGUUUCCCGAGACUAUGUGGGAAUCCUGUGAUGCCUACCUGGCAGUAGAGGCUCAUGAAAUGGGUAACGGCACGAGCCGAAGACUGAUCCCUCUCCAAGCUUCCAGUGGAGCUCAGUGCCCGUACCCUCUGGUGUGUUGGGCCUUGGGAGAGGACAAGGGAGGGCCCCUCCUGCCUCUAGGGACCCAUACUUCCGCUUUCUGUAGACAGGAGCAGGCUCUGGGCUUUGAGAACCCACUGCUGUCUGGCCUGGAGUAUCACAGGACAUCAGGACUCUGUAUUCAGGAGGCCUCAGAGGUUGAGCUGAUGAAGACGUGGUGGGACAAGGUCUCAACGCUACUGUUAUUGCUGCUCCUGGGCCUGCUCCAUGUCUCCUGGGCCCAAAGCAGCUGCAUAGGGCCCCCGGCCAUCCCUGGCAUCCCCGGCAUCCCUGGGGUUCCUGGCUCUGAUGGCCAACCUGGCACUCCUGGGAUAAAAGGGGACAAAGGGCUUCCUGGACUGGCUGGAGACCAUGGUGAGUUUGGAGAGAAAGGGGACCCAGGGAUCCCUGGGAUUCCAGGCAAAGUCGGCCCCAAGGGUCCUGUUGGCCCUAGAGGUGUUCCAGGGCCCCCUGGAGCCCCUGGUCCCAAAGGUGACUCAGGAGACUACAAGGCUACCCAGAAAGUAGCUUUCUCUGCUCUGAGGACCAUCAACACCCCCCUGAGACGGGACCAGACCAUCCGCUUUGAGAAGGUGAUCACCAAUGUGAAUGAGAACUAUGAGCCACGCAGUGGCAGGUUCACCUGCAGAGUGCCUGGCCUCUACUAUUUCACCUACCACGCCAGUUCCCGAGGGAACCUGUGCGUGAACCUCGUGCGUGGCCGGGAUCGGGAUCACAUGCAGAAGGUACUCACCUUCUGUGACUAUGCCCAGAACACCUUCCAGGUCACCACAGGUGGUGUAGUCUUGAAGCUGGAGCAAGGCGAGGUUGUUAACCUGCAGGCCACAGACAAGAACUCCCUGCUGGGUGUCGAGGGAGCCAACAGCAUCUUCACUGGCUUUCUGCUCUUCCCUGACAUGGAUGCAUGA